CCUCUCUGAAAUCAAUAAAAAAUAUAUUUAUUUUAAAAGAGAGAGAGAGAGAGAGCAUAGCAUCCCCUGUCCCCAUGAGUAGCCCCUCCCUUUCCCGGCACCUCUUCAGCCCGAUCCUGAAUUUCCCAGGCCUUGGCCUGGGUGCCGCCUCCCGCCUGCUUCUCUGCCUGGGGAGCCGGCAGGAGACCUGAAGGGUCCAGGAUCCCGCUGGUCUUGUGUGCACGUUGAAUGCGUCUCUAAGGAAAAGCUCGGGGGGGGGCGGUGGAAAUCUGGGCGUUCAGUGGAGUCGGGGUGAUCUGCGGGGUUCCACCACUGACGGUGGCCAUGAUACCAUCACCACCGGGGACUACAGAGACGGACAUGAGCACCGGCUGGUCCUCGAGGGAUUCGUGUUGCUUCUUGGCUGCUCGCGGGGCUGGUCCUUCCUACCGUUGAUUUUCCGCGUUGGAGGGGAGGCAUCCCGGCUGGAUGGGAUGCGCCCCCAGAUCCCUGACAGUCCCGUGUGCUGGUCCCCCCCUCCCCCAGGUCAUGAAACGGGUGCGCACGGAGCAGAUUCAGAUGGCCGUGUCCUGCUACCUCAAACGCCGGCAGUACGUGGACACCGACGGUCCCCUGAAGCAAGGCCUGCGCCUGUCCCAGACCCCCGAGGAGAUGGCAGCCAACCUCACAGUCCAAACAGAGUCUGGCUGUGCCAACAUCGUGUCCGCCGCCCCGUGCCAGGCCGAGCCCCAGCAGUAUGAAGUGCAGUUCGGGCGGCUGCGGAAUUUCCUCACCGAUUCCGAUUCCCAGCACAGCCAGGAAGUGAUGCCUCUCCUGUACCCCCUCUUCGUCUACCUCCACCUCCACCUGGUCCAGAACAGCCCCAAGAGCACCGCCGAGAGCUUCUACAGCCGCUUCCACGGCAUGUUCCUGCACAACGCCGGCCAGAGGGACGUGGUCGAGCAGCUGCAGGCCACGCAGACCCUGCAGGACAUCCUGUCCAACCUCAAGCUCCGCGCCUUCCUCGACAACAAGUACGUGGUCCGCCUGCAGGAGGACAGCUACCACUACCUGAUCCGCUACCUCCAGAGCGACAACAACGCCGCCCUGUGCCGGGUCCUCACCCUGCACAUCCACCUGGACGUGCAGCCCGCCAAGAGGAUCCUGCAGAACGAGGCCGCCCUGGACGUCCUGCAGGAGAGCAUCCGGCGCGUCAAGGAGGGCCCGCCCUCCCUCACCACCAUCUGCUUCUACGCCUUCUACCACACGGAGCAGCUGCUGAACGCGGCCGAGAUCUCCCCCGACAGCAAGCUGCUGGCCGCCGGCUUCGACAACUCCUGCAUCAAACUCUGGAGCCUCCGGUCCAAGAAGUUGAAAGCCGAGCCCCACCAGGUGGACGUGUCCCGCAUCCGCCUGGCCUGCGACGUCAUGGAAGAGGAGGAGGAGGAGGAGGAGGCCGAGAUGAAGACCCUGCGGGGCCACUGCGGGCCCGUGUACAGCACCCGCUUCCUCGCCGACAGCUCGGGGCUGCUGUCCUGCUCCGAGGACAUGUCCAUCCGCUACUGGGACCUGGGGACCUUCACCAACACGGUGCUGUACCAGGGCCACGCCUACCCCGUGUGGGACCUGGACAUCAGCCCCUACAGCCUAUACUUCGCCAGCGGCUCCCACGACCGCACCGCGCGGCUGUGGUCCUUCGAUCGGACGUACCCGGUGAGGAUCUACGCCGGCCACCUGGCGGACGUGGACUGCGUCCGGUUCCACCCCAACUCCAACUACCUGGCCACGGGCUCCACCGACAAGACCGUGCGGCUGUGGAGCGCCCAGCAGGGGAACUCGGUGAGGCUUUUCACGGGCCACCGCGGCCCCGUGCUCUCCCUCGCCUUCUCCCCCAACGGGAAGUACCUGGCGUCGGCGGGCGAGGACCAGCGGCUGAAGCUGUGGGACCUGGCCUCCGGGAGCCUUUACAAGGAGCUGCGCGGCCACACGGACAACAUCACCAGCCUCGCCUUCAGCCCGGACAGCAGCCUGGUGGCCUCGGCGUCCAUGGACAACUCGGUGCGCAUCUGGGACAUCCGCAACAGCUUCUGCAGCGCGGCCGCCGACGGCUCCUCGGGCGAGCUGGUGGGCGUGUACACGGGGCAGAUGAGCAACGUCCUGAGCGUGCAGUUCAUGGCCUGCAACCUCCUCCUGGUGACGGGAAUCACGCAGGAAAAUCAGGAACAUUGAUUUUUUGAUUUUUUUUUUUUUUUUUUACACCCUCGUGGUGACGGACCGGGCAGCCGUGGAGCGAGGGCUCCGGGCUGCAUCUGACGAGCGAAUCACUGACUGACUGUGAAAGACUCCCCGCCUCUCCCCGUGUCCCGUGCGGGCAUCCUGGGCGCGGUCACCCCUUCCUCGGCCCCCCCCAGUGUCCAGGACGCGGGGGCGGGGAGGGGGUACGGACAG